CUCGGCGUCUUCCGCAAUUACGUAUGUUAGACGCAUGCGCAGACUCCACUGCCACAGCUUGUUGACUCGCUAGCUGCUACAUGCUAGCAGUGCGUGCUGCUGACUAGCAAUUAUUUCCUGGACACAACUAUGGAUAUCGACGCGCUGGUGGAAGCAUUUCAAGAUUUUGAGAAGAAAGGAAAGGAAGAGGUCUGUCCUCUGCUAGAGCAGUUCCUGUGUCAUGUUGCCAAGACAGGACAACCUAUGAUCCCCUGGUCACAGUUCAAAACCUAUUUUAUGUUUAAGUUAGAAAAAGUCAUCAGCGACUUCCAUGACUCCUCGCCAGAACAGAGAACAUUACGGAAUCCCAACGUAGAGUAUGUUCCUUUUGAGGAAAUGAAGAGGAGGAUUUUAAAGAUCGUGGAUGGUUACAGUGGAGUUCCGUUCACCAUCCAGCGUCUCUGUGAACUCCUUACGGAUCCAAAGCGGAAUUACACAAGUACUGACAAGUUUCUAAGAGGUUUGGAAAAAAAUGUAAUGGUGGUCAGCUGUCUGUUCCCCACAUCAGAUCGAAAUGUGAAUGGACCCAGCACACCAAAAACACACAACAGACCAAAGCUGUCACUGUCGACUUCACUUUCCACAAAUGGCCUCCCAGACUGUUCAGUCAGUAAAGAACCACAGUCGGCCACUGAGACGGAAGAGCACCACAUGAGCGACGCCCCAUCGUCAGAGAAAGAGACGACAUCAAAAAGUGGGCUAAAGAGCAAAAUUCCUCCGGAGGGAGAGGAUUCUGAGCAACUUGCAGCCAAGAGACUAAAGAUUGAAGUAAAACAGGAGGAUGAAGCAGCAAGUGAAGAAAGCGACUCGUCGUAUCAUAAUGGAUCAGAAAGCUCUUCAGAGACACGGGAAUCUUCAGAAGGAUCUAGUGAAGACUGCAAAGGAGAAUCUUCUCAUGACACGCCGAGUACGUCAGACAGCCGGGAUACCGAGCCCAGCAGUACACAAACAGAAUCCUCUGACAAGGCUGGAGAUUCGUCGGAGGAAGGAGCUGAGCACUCCGUUCUGAUUGACAGUACCGAGGACCAAUCAGAGCACUUGGCUCCAACAGCGCAGACUGCAAGCUUUGAGGAGAGAAGUGAGGAGAGCAGCAGCAGCAGCAGUAGUAGCAGUGAUGGAGAAAGCUUAACCAGCGACAAGCAAGUGUCUUCAUCCAGCACUUCACCCGACCUGUCAACAGAGGGCAGUGCUGACACUUUAGAGAACCCAGAGACUGCAACAGAGCCUGAGGAGCAGCACUGACUUGAAGGCUAGCAUGCCAACUGACUUUUCUGCUCCCCUUAUAUACAUAUUAUUUUUUCUUUUCACACUGUAUGAUACCACACCAAGGGUAUAUCUGUAGCACUGAGGACUUUCAGGCAUCAGGACCAAGAGUGACGUUGACCUUGAGACUUCCCACAGACGCACGCCGGUCUUCUUCAGUUCCAGCUUCUCGUGGCCACUCACUACCAGGUCUUUUUCAAACUGGAAGGAGACAAUUCAAACUACAUCAAGGAGACUGCCUAUUUUCCUUUUGAAUAAUAACAGAUUUGUAAUCUUUUUUUAUAUCUGAAAAUUGUAAUUUAAUCUUGAUAAUUUAUCCAGUAACUUCAUUUUUAUUUGGCAUUUAUUUCCAAAGACAUCCUGUGGCAGACUUGUGUUUUCACUUAAGCACAGUACUUUGUUUUGGGGAUGAAUGAAUGUGUUUCUCCAGUUGAUCUGUCAUUAAGUAUGUAUCUGUAUUUUGUAUGAAGCACACACCAUGAAAUACGUUUUAUUAUCUUGCACUUGGUAAGCUUGACCCCCUGAAAGAUGUGGAAACUCUUUUGCUUUGUAACUAUGAAGUCAGUCUAACGCAGUCGUGCCAGUAGUGACCGCUUUCAUUAGUUACACACAACUUUGGUUUGGUGCGAAGGUAGCCACGUCUGCAAAAACACAAGGUACUUACACUUUCUGUAUGUCAAUUAUUAGUUCAGCAGCUAUAACUUUUGAUAAUUAGGAUUUUUACGAUACAUCCCUGUAAAUCGGUUUUUGUAGACUUUUAAUACAUGUCCACUGCCUUUGUAAAAAGUGCUGAAAAUGGAAGGCUCGAGCUUGUACGAUAGUAUUCGUGGAAAGCAAUAAAUGCUCACAUUUGGAGAGUUACAAGUUGUGCAUUUUAGUUGCAAGUUGUGUUUGACCUUUGCAGAAUCCUGGGAUGGAAGAGCUGGGAAUAAACUGACUGAUUUUUGAGCCUGGAA